GGGUGGAGCUGAAAGAUCUGUGUGUGUGUGUGUAUAGACUUAAAGAAGGAAGGCAGCAGUGAACAGAGCUCGUGCUUUGUGAUUAGGAUUAAUAUUUACAAAUUAUAGUCAUCAGGGUGAGACCUCAGAGGGUGCAUGUAAGCACUGAGGACCUGCCUCUGUGAGGAAGUCUUAGGAGAGAAAGUGAGGAAACAAAGACGUGGAGAUCUGUAUCAGGUUUUGCAGCAAAAGCAGAUGAGUCUGUCAUCAGAUUGUUACAAGUGAGACUUGAACUUUUUUUUCUUGUCAGAACAAUUUCUUUUGAGGAUUAAAGCUGAUGACUUGUGAAGGCAAAGUCAAGCAUCUCAUUAGAAUAGUACAAGAAGGCAGUCUUUCCAAUCUCAAAGAGGAACUGGGUAAGGGUGAAGGUGUUCUGGAUACAGUGUUGAAGGGUCACUUUGGGAGAUCAGGUGACACUGUGCUGCAUUAUGCUGCCAGGUAUGGGCACCUGCCAAUCCUGAAAUACCUGGUGGAGGAGCUUGGUGUCAACGUUGAGCUGGUCAACAGUGAUUACAAACGAGCUUUGCAUGAAGCAGCGUCGAUGGGUCACAGAAUGUGUGUGAGGUACCUGCUAGCCCAAGGGGCCAAGGUCGACUGUUUGAAGAAAGCUGAUUGGACACCAUUGAUGAUGGCUUGCACCAGGAAGAACCUUGAAGUGAUUACAGAUCUGAUUGAGAGUGGAGGGAGUCUGAUGCUGACUAAUAAGGAUGGCUGGAGUAGUUUCCAUAUUGCUUGCCGAGAGGGCGAUCCCAAAAUUAUCCAGUACCUUCUCAAGGUCAGCCCAAAUAUCUGGGAUGUGGAGAGCAAAAUAAAGAGGACUCCUCUACACACUGUAGCUAUGCAUGGACACUUUGAGGCGGCAGAGCUGCUUCUAGAAAGGUGUGCUUACAAGCCAGAUGCCAAAGACAGCUGUGGAGUCACUCCGUUCAUGGAUGCAGUGCAGAAUGGCCACAUUGAGAUUGCUAAACUCCUGCUGGAGAGGCACAAAGCUGAUUUCUCAGCUACCGACGCCCUGGGGGCUCAGUCUCUGCACCGAGCCACAGUAACUGCACAGGAUGAAGCCAUUUGUUUCCUGGUCACCGAGCUUGGCGUGAAUGUAAAUGAGAGAGCCACGGGACUAAAGCUGACAGCCCUGCAUUAUGCAGCAAAGGUCAGUUAUCAAGAGAUGACGUCAGGGAUAAUUGCUGAGCUGUGCUCGCUAGGCUGCUCAGUUCUCAUGGCAACUGCACUUCUGGAAAGCUCCAAAUCAUCCCUGUGAAACAAGGCAACUGCGUCUGUUAGCGCCCAAUGAUGUGCCUAGUUCGACACAUUAAGACACAUCUUCCUAAAGGUUUUAUUAGAUGCAUCACUGAAAAUAAAUGUGAUUAAAGUAUG